GCGGAAAUAUGUAAGAAAUCGGCAUUGGAAGCGCUCUGCUCUCCAUUUUCACUCUUUUAGUUCUUGCUUAAGAAUCGCGACCUCCAUUUUCACUUUACGCUUAUCAAGGAAUUGUCAUGGCUAUUCUCAAUCUCUCCCAUUUUCUUACAAUCCCUCCUCUCCUUCUCUUUCUCUCCCAUUUUCCCCAUUUUUCUUCAUCUUCUCACCAUCAUGGCAACUAUGAAACUGGGCAUCAAAUCCGAAGCAUUCCAUCGCGAAGGCCAGACCUGGAUUUGCUCCAGUGGGCUGCCCAGCGAUGUGGCGGUGGAAAUUGGAGAUAUGUCUUUCCAUCUUCAUAAGUUUCCUUUGCUUUCUAAAAGUGGGUUUCUAGAGAAGCUUAUAGAGCAGCUUCCCAGUGAGGAUGGAUCCGGUUGUGUCCUGCAACUUCAUGAUAUUCCUGGUGGAGCUAAAGCUUUUGAACUCAUUGCUAAAUUCUGCUAUGGUGUGAAAAUAGAGCUCACUUCUUUAAACAUAGUCAGCCUUAGAUGUGCAGCAGAGUACCUGCAAAUGACUGAAGCCUAUGGAGAAGGGAACUUAGUUACUCAAACAGAGAUUUUCCUUAACGAAGUCUUUGGCAACUGGACGGAUACCAUAAAAGCUCUUGAGACUUGUGAAGAAGUAGGAUCAUAUGCAGAGGAGGUUCAUAUCGUGUCGAGAUGUAUCGAUUCCUUGGCUGUCAAAGCUUGUGCAGAUCCACAGUUGUUCAACUGGCCGGUGAGGGGACAGGAGAACAUCCAAAGCCCCAAAGGAACCGUUCUAUGGAAUGGGAUAUCUUCGACGACGAAGCCACAGCCUACCGGUGAUGAUUGGUGGUAUGAAGAUGUGUCAUUUCUUAGAUUUCCCCUAUACAAGCUUUUGAUUUUGUCUGUUGAAGCUAAAGGAUUGAAGGCGGAGAGUAUAGCUGCAUCAUUAAUACAUUAUACUAAGAAGAACAUCCCCUUGAUAAACAAUCAAUUAAGCUUCAAUGAUUUGAACCAUGUUGGCUCAGGAACGGCCGUUUCGACAAACUCCGAGGCAGAUCAAAGGGUCCUACUCGAGGAGAUUGUGGGCUUGCUCCCGAAUGUGAAGGGUGUCACCACCACCAAUUUCCUGCUUAGGCUUCUCAGAACUGCUAUGAUAUUGCAUGCUAGUCCAUCAUGUAGGGAAGUUUUAGAGAAAAAAAUAGGCAGUCAAUUGGACCAAGCUCUGCUUGGAGAUCUCCUCAUACCCAACAUGGGAUAUACAGUGGAGACUCUUUAUGACAUAGACUGCAUCCAGAGAAUUCUUGACCAUUUCAUGUCCUCAUACCAUUCUGCAACUGCAUCUUCUCCUUGCAUAGUUGAAGAGGGACAGUUGGUCAGUGGAACGGAUAUGCUGACUCCGAUGACAAUGGUGGCAAGUCUGGUGGAUGGAUAUCUUGCAGAGGUCGCUCCCGAUGUUAACCUGAAGCUGCCGAAAUUUCAGGCACUUGCUGCUGUGAUCCCUGAUUAUGCCAGGCCAUUGGAUGAUGGAAUUUACCAUGCCAUCGAUGUGUACCUAAAAGCCCAUCCUUGGCUUUCAGAUAUAGAGAGGGAGCAACUGUGCAGAUUGAUGAAUUGCCAGAAGCUCUCUUUAGAAGCCAGCACGCACGCAGCUCAGAACGAGAGGCUACCGCUUCGAGUAAUCGUCCAAGUCCUUUUCUUCGAGCAGCUUCGCCUCCGCACAUCAAUCUCAGGUUGGUUCUUUGUUUCUGACAACCUCGAGAACUCGCAACAUCCGAAUGGAAAUCUUGGACUCCCCAAGAACGAUUGUUCUCGGCCAAUGGACUCUGCCGAGCAAGACAAAGAAGGGGGCGACCAUGAUGUAAAAGAUAGAGUUUUGGAGCUUGAACGGGAGUGUCUAGGCAUGAAAAUGGAGCUCGAAAAACUGGUUAAGACGAAGAAAAGUUGGAGCCUUCUUCCCAAAAAACUGGGUUUCAGAAGAAAAUCACAGCCUUGCAUCCCAAAGCCAGGUGAUAUAAAGGAACAGACUUCAUCUGUGAGUGAUCAAAAUAAUGAAAAUGGUGAUGUGGGUCAGUGAGUAGUUGAGAGUUAGUUCAUAGAGGGAAUAUAAUUGACCUGUCUGUAGUUUUGUAGAAUGUGAGUGAAUUUAUUUAUCCUAGACUAUAAAUUCAUUGAUUCACACAAAUUUAUAUAUAUAAAGAAAUACAAACUAAAGU